AUGGAACCAACUCUGGAUCAGUUGGAAGCGUCAUUGACUGACAUUUCACUUACAAACAUCAGCCAAUCUCCUAUGGAAUACAAUGUGACACCGAGUAAAAUAAGAAGAUUAAUGGAAACAACAGAAGAAAGAGAGAAUAGACUUAAAGCCAAUAGACAACGCGACACAAAUAGAAGGUUGAAUGAAUCUCAAAUGGAAAGAGAACGGAGACUAAAAUCCAAUCGUUUACGAAAUAUUGAAUGUCGAUUGAAUGAGACACAAGAAGAAAGAAGUAUAAGACUUGCUGCCGAAACUUUACGCGUAACACAAAGACGAAUAAAUGAAACAGAAGUAUUGAGAGGAGUAAGAACUGAUGCAGAUCGCCAGCGUUAUCAUCAAUUGGGACGCUUUUAUAAAUCAUUUCGAGGAAACGCUAGACCAGAAAGAAACGAUUUUGGACGUAUGGAUCGCAAGUGUCAAUACUGUGGAGCCAUGUUUUGGGUGAUAGAGAAGACACAUGGAUCAAAAAACGAGCCCAAGUAUUCCAAAUGUUGUAAUAAGGGUCUCAUCAGUUUGCCGCCGUUUCAACCAAUACCUGAUGAACUCGCCAACCUAAUGACAAAUCCUAAUUAUAGACAUUCAUUUUUGAGUAAUAUACGUGCAUACAAUUCUAACUUUUGUUUUGUUUCAGUCGGUGCAAAGUUCGAGGAGCCAACGCGUGAUGGUUUGUGUGCAUUUAAGAUUCAAGGAAACAUGUAUCACCGCAUGGGAUCAAUAUUGCCACAACCUGGAGCGAGCCCUCAAUUUAUGCAAUUGUACUUUUACGACACUGAAAACGAAUCGAAUAACCGAAUGCACGUUAUGAAUGGCCUUAAUCAAGACAUUGUCAACAUUUUAAUGCCAAUGAUGCGCGAAAAUAAUCCAUAUGUAAACAACUUGAAGAUGACAAUUGAUCAGUAUGAUAGCAUUGAUCCAUAUGAAAUUGAUAUAAAGAUUCUAGCUGAAGGACCUACAAUCGAUAGAAGAACAUAUAACGCGCCGACAGCUUCCGAUUUUGCUGCAAUAAUACCGCAAGAAAAUCGUAAUUGUCCAUUGGAUAUUAGAAUUAAAUUAAAGUCAAAUGAAAUUCAAAACAUCAACCAUAAUCACCGUUCGUAUGACGCACUUGCAUAUGCACUGUUGUUUCCUAAAGGUGAUUUUGGUUGGCAUUUUUCAGUUAAAAGUUUAAAUACGGCACACACAAAGAAAGUAACCGCAAUGCAGUACUACAAUUAUGUGUUUCACUACAGAAUAAAUUCUCAUAUCCAUCGAUGCCGACGUUUAUAUCAACAGUUUGCAGUCGACUCAUGGGUAAAAAUAGAAAGCAGUCGUCUUAAUUGGAUUCGUUUCAAUCAACAACAGCUAAGAGCUGCAGAUUAUCGACACAUAAGAGACGCCGUUGAUAAUGAUAUACCAACAAAUAACAUUGGUCAACAAUAUACAAUUUUGCCAUCGAGUUUCACUUAUGGUCCACGAGCUAUGAAUCUUAAAUAUCACGACGCGAUGUCAAUUGUUUCCCAAUAUGGAAAGCCAUCUUUAUUUAUUACAUUCACAUGCAAUCCAAAAUGGCCUGAAAUCACACGAGAAUUGGGAAUUGGAGAGACAGCUAACGACAGACAAGAUCUUAUUGUACGAGUGUUUAAACAAAAAUGCAAAGAAUUGGACGAUGACUUAAGAAAGAAACAUGUGUUGGGCAAAAUCAUCGCUCAUGUAGAUGUUAUUGAAUACCAGAAACGAGGACUUCCUUAUCAACAUGGAAUUUAUUGGUUAGACGAAGCAGAUAAACUGAGAAAUGUUGACGAUUAUAACACUGUCGUUUGUGCCGAAAUACCGAAUGAUGAUGACAUACUAAGAGAAACUAUCACUAAAUGCAUGGUUCAUGGACCCUGUGGCCCGGCAUAUCCUUCCUCACCCUGUAUGAAAGAUAAUAUAUGUACUAAAGGGUAUCCGAUGGCAUUUGUUGAUAAGACUUAUUUAAAUAAACAAGGAUUUGUAAAAUACCAAAGAAGAAACAAUGGUCAAACAGUUGAGUUAAGAAGAGGUCAUGAAAUUGUUUCAGCCGAUAAUAAGUUUAUAGUACCAUAUAAUCGAGGUCUUAGCCGCAAAUAUAAUGCCCAUAUUAACGUUGAAGUUUGCUCUACAAUUCAAAGCUGCAAAUACCUUUUCAAAUAUACACAUAAAGGACAGGAUAAGGCAAUGGCAGGAUUGACUGAGAAAAACUGUGGUAACGACGAAAUAAAGUUAUAUCAAGACAGUAGAUGGGUAUCAACAACAGAAUCGCUAUGGCACAUAUUUGGCUAUGGAAUGCACUCAAAUACACCGGCUGUUUAUCGUCUACCUGUACAUCUUGAGAACCGACAGUUUAUAACAUUUAGAGAAACUACAGAUGUUGAUCAGUUAACAAUACCAAAAGAAACAGAACUUACGCGAUGGAUGGCAUUUAACAAUMAUAGUUCUGAAGGUCGUCAUCUGUUAUAA